AUGGACGGCCACAAUUUCGUGUUCCUUGUCCCAAAAUUCCAUAUCUAUGCCCAUCAACAGUCAUGCCAGGACAAUUACUCAUUCCACAAUGCUCCCCAUGUGGCUGAGACAGACAGCGAGGGCGUUGAGCAGCCAUGGUCAGACUCAAACCAGUACUCUUCAAGCACGAAGAAGAUGGGCCCCAGUUCGCGACGCGACUUUCUUGACGAUGUGUUCGCAGACUACAACUGGAGGAAACUGCCUUGUUUCUGGCCGCCGGAGCGCAACAAUCAAGUCUUUGCAUUUGCAGAACUUAACGACGCAGUGAUGCAAGAAGAUCGUGACACAUGGAGAACUGUUGUAGAGUCAUGGGAGAAGGACCCUUCGAAACCUAACCCAUUCGUUGUUACCCGUCCUGCCAUGACCCAAGCAUCUGUGCACCUGCAACUGACAAAUGAGGAGGCUGUGGAGUUGGAGAACAGUGAACAAUGUGGCAUGCUAUGUGACCUCGUUUCCCCGAGUGUCAUGAUCAUGGUCGGGAUUGAGCUGCAGGAACAGCAGUAUCAUCUUCGACAGGACACAGAGGGCCUUGGAGCACAUUCCACGGAUCUUCAAUGGGCUAAGGUCAUCAAGCGGUGUAAUGCUCUUCAUCACAAGAUAGAUGCAUGGGCAGACAUGCAGCAGUUGUUCAUGCCUAGCACCGUGGCAUUGCGCACGCGAACCGCGGCCGCAGCUGUCAAGGAGGUCCCUGUGCAAGAAAUGGCACUCUAUUUACCAUCGGAGUCACCCUCUGGUACCCCUUGCAACUCUCGCAUCCAGAGAUACGAGUUGCGUCUGAGGGUUUCACAAGCACACGAUGCGCUAGAGGAUCUCCAGUGA